CGGCCGGCCCCGGGCGCAGCAUGGCGCAGCGUCGCCCGCCGCCCGCCGCCACCUAAAGGCGCCCCGCGGCGCCGAGCCGAGCCCUACCCGCGCCCAUGGCGCCGCCGGCCGCCCUCGGCUGGCUGCUGCCGCCCCUGCUGGCGGCGCUGGCGGGCGCCGGCGGCCCGCAGUCCUUCGAGCUGCCGGGGGCCCCCAUCGACAACAUCGAGGUGAGCGGCGGCGGCGUGCUGGUGGCCGGCGGCAGCUGCCUCUACGAGCUGCUGCCCGAGCUGCGGCCGCGCCGCCGCGUCCCGCCGCUGGCGGAGGGCUCGGGCUGCGGGGAGCCCCCCGGGGUGCGCAGCAAGCUGCUGCUGCCCUACGAGGAGGCCGGCGGCGGCGGCGUGCUGCUGGCCGGCUGGACGCGGGCGUCGGGCAGCUGCGAGGUGUGGGAGCGGCCGGCCUACCGGCAGCGCUUCAACCGCACCGAGGUGGUGAGCUGCCUGCCCGGCGGCUCCACCGCCGGCGUGGUGUUCCAGCAGGCCGGCGCCUGGUACCUGGCGGUGGCGGCCACCUACUCGGCCGGCCGCCGCGAGGCGAAGGAGGACUGCGAGCCCUCCGAGUCGGACCAGACGACCGCCAUCACCGUGCGCCCCACGGACUCGCUGCUGCCCAGCGAGGAGCUGGGCAUCAUCAAGUACGACGUGGAGCCCCUGCACUUCGUCGACGCGCUGUGGUGGGGCGGCCACCUCUUCUUCCCCUACUACCGCUGGAAGGCCAAGUCGGGCAAGGACCCGGAGCCGCCGAGCAUGGCCGUCCUGCACCAGCUGCAGCCCUCGGAGCGCGGCUUCUCCCUGCGAGGCCAGGUGUAUUUGGACUGUGGGUGCAGGAGCCUCAUCGUUUCCUCCAGCCUCAUCCGCCAGGGAGAGAAGGGCUGGUGGGUGGGCGUCUUCAACCACAGCCACAGCACCAAGACCUGGAACGCCACCGCCGUCUGCAUCUUCGGGAUGGAGGAGAUGAAGGAGCAAGCCUGCGGCUCCACGCACUUCGCCGUCAACGAGAACCACUGCGAGGAACGAUCAAUCAAGAAAUCACCUACCUUGAUUCACUCUGGAUUAGCAGCUGUUUAUGGCACAGUUGUUUUAAAUCAGAUAGUUCUCUUUCUGGGAACAGAUGAUGGACAGUUACUGAAGGCUAUUCUUAAUGAGGAUAUGGAAUCUAACUGCCCAGAGGUUUUAUAUGAAAUUAAAGAAGAAACCUCUAUUUUCCCCAAACUUCGACUUGAUCCAGUAGAUAAUAACUACAUCUAUCUGUCAUCUGCCAAUAAGGUGAGAAGAAUACCAGUUGCAAAUUGCAGUAGAUAUGUUUCCAAGCAAGAAUGCUUAUCUGCAAAGGAUCCCUACUGUGGGUGGUGUUCUCUGAAUCAAAGGUGCACAUUAAAAGAAAAUUGUACACGUUCAAACAGCACAAAGGUUUGGUAUAACAUUUCACAUGCACCUGAUAAAGAUCUGAAAAUCCUGCUAAGUUUCCCUGCCAGAAAUCAGGUCACUGUGUCUACAAGCAUAAGCAAAACCCUUACUUCCUGUAUGAUAGAAAUUGUAAAACCUAUUGAAAUAUUUUGUGAAAAUGUAGUGCUGAAAAACUCAUCCUGUUUCUGCAGUCUAACUACUCUGGUGACAAUGGAUUAUGAUUGUCUAGUCCUUGAAGCAUCGCUGUCCUCGAGCUCUUGGAAUAUCACACAAACAUUUCAGUUGGAAAAUUGCUCACGGUGUAUAAACGAUGGUGAGUGUGCCAGCUGUAAAUGGACGCGUGUCUCUUCCGCCACUGCCUGCCAGGAUAGUUGCAGCACCACAACUGCUUCCCAAGGGAUCGCCACUGCACAGAAAUCAGAGCAUAUCAACAUUCAUUCCAUCGAACCUUUGUGGAUUUCUACAUUAGGCAAAAGUGAAAUAACAGUCAAAGGAGAAAACUUUACACGUGCAUCGGGCAUAAAACUGAUUCUGACGGGCAUCAGUGGCUGUAAACCAGACAUCAUUAAAGUUAGAAAUGUGCUAAAUGAUACACAAAUGACAUUUGCUCUCCCACCAACACGUAAAGAGGCCAAAAGUGUAUGUAUACAGGCUGAUGGGAGAAAAUGUUCACCAGCAGUAACCCUGCAUUAUGUUUCACCGCCAUCAUGUUUCGGAAUUACACCAAAUACCUCCUGGAUCAGUGGUGGUCGCAAAAUAACUGCAAGUGGUAGAAAUUUUAAUGUGGUGGACAGUGUGAUUAUUUCAGAUGACCAGAGAUCAAACCUCACCGUCUCCAAAUGUUCUGGAAAUGAAUCUGAAUAUCAUUACUUAACACCAAGUCUGAGCCAUGCAACAGAGGGUAAAGUUGUUGAUAUGAUAUUGAAAGUGGAAACUACCUUUAUACCAUGUGUCAAAUUACACUAUCACCCUGACCCCGUGUUCAUUAACUACCAGCUGCACACUGAGCUGGAUCCUGAUCUGGAAUUAAAAAUAUAUAAAGAAAAUGACAACCUGAAUAUUUCUAAAACUGAGGUAGAGGUUUAUCUGUCAUAUAUGAAUGGUACACAGACCAAAAAGGUAUGGUUCAACGUCCAAAAUAUUACCAAAAAACCAGACCGUAGCACCAUACUGAGCAAAUUCAAAAGAGAAGGAACAGACAAGAUUGACUUUUCCACUGUGAAAGUUUUUGUCAAAUUAGGAAAUUUUGAGCUUGAAGUCAAACCAACAUCAUCAUAUAUAUAUUUAUAUGUCCUUAUUUUGCUACCUAUUGUAGUGGGUGUCAUUAUAGUGGCAUUCAUAGUUACUAGAUACAAAUCCAAAGAGUUAACCCGUAAACAGAGUCAGCAACUUGAACUGCUGGAAUACGAGAUUCGGAAAGAAAUACGCGAGGGAUUUGCUGAACUGCAGAUGGAUGAACUAGAUGUGGUGGACAGUUUUGGGACUGUUCCCUUCCUUGACUACAAACACUUCGCUAUUAGAACUUUCUUUCCAGAGUCAGGAGGCUUUGCGUCCAUCUUCAGUGAAGACAUGCCACAAAGCAGAGACCAAACGCGCAAGGAUGAAAGCUUCAACAUGUUGCAUGCUUUAAUUUGUAACAAGAACUUUCUUGUUACUCUCAUUCACACCCUUGAAAAGCAGAAAAAUUUCUCUGUGACAGACAGGUGCUUGUUUGCAUCCUUCUUGACUAUUGCACUACAAACGAAGCUAGUUUAUCUAACCCAUAUUUUGGAAGUGUUGACAAAGGACUUGAUGGAACAAUCAAGCAAUGUACAGCCUAAACUCCUGCUCAGACGAACUGAAUCUGUGGUAGAAAAAUUGCUGACAAACUGGAUGUCUGUCUGCCUUUCUGGUUUUCUCCGGGAGACAAUCGGUGAACCUUUCUAUUUGCUAGUGACAACCCUCAAUCAGAGGAUAAACAAAGGACCUGUGGAUGCAAUAACUUGCAAAGCCCUGUACACACUUAACGAAGACUGGCUGCUGUGGCAAGUGUCUGAAUUCAAAACAGUGACACUGAAUGUUAUCUUUGAAAAAAUCCCGGAAAAUGAGAGUGGAGAUGCCUGUCAAACUAUUCAAGUUAAUGUGCUGGACUGUGACACCAUAGGCCAAACCAAGGAAAAGAGCCUUCAAGCUUUCCUGAAUAAGAAUGGCUUUCUCUACGGUCUUCAGAUGGAUGAAAUUGGUCUUGAACUUGUGUCUGAGGAGCAGCAAAGAGAAUUGUUAGACAUUGAUGGUUCCUCAGAGGUGUUGGAAGAUGGGAUAAGGAAGCUAAAUACCAUUGGUCAUUACGAGAUUUCAAAUGGAGCAACCAUAAAAGUCUUUAAAAAGAAGACAAACACUCGAUCAGGUGUGGACUACUCUGACGAACACUGCCAUUUGAUUUUACCAGACUCUGAAGCCAACAAAGACGUGAAAGGAGCGGGUCACAAAGGAAAGCAGAAAUUCAAAGUGAAAGAAAUGUAUCUGACAAAGCUCCUGUCGACCAAGGUUGCGAUUCAUUCAGUUGUUGAAAAUCUCUUCAGGAGCAUUUGGAGUUUACCCAACAGUAAAGCACCUGUUGCCAUCAAGUACUUUUUUGACUUUCUGGAUGCCCAGGCUGAGAGCAGAAAAAUCACUGACCCCGAUGUGGUUCAUAUCUGGAAAACCAACAGUCUUCCUCUGCGCUUCUGGGUGAACAUACUGAAGAAUCCCCAGUUUGUCUUUGAUAUUAAGAAGACUUCACAUAUAGAUGGCUGCCUGUCUGUAAUUGCACAAGCUUUCAUGGAUGCCUUUUCUCUAGCAGAACAGACGAUGGGGAAGGAAGCACCAACAAAUAAACUUCUCUACGCUAAGGACAUUCCGCUCUACAAGAAGGAGGUGAAAGCGUACUACAAAGCCAUCAGGGAUCUGCCCCAGCUGACCACUUCAGAGGUUGAAGAAUUUCUAACUCAGGAAUCUAAGAAACAUGAAAAUGAAUUUAAUGAGGAAGUGGCCUUGAUUGAAAUCUACAGAUACAUAGUGAAGUAUUAUGAUGAGAUUGUCAGCAAACUCGAGCGAGAACGGGGGUUUGAAGAAGUCCAGAAACAGCUCCAGCAAGUAAAAGCCUUAUUUGAUGAGAAGAAAAAAUGCAAAUGGAUUUGAGCAGAGCACUGACUCACAGCGUCACUGUGGGGAAUUUUAAAUAAGCGCUGCUGCUCCCAGAACAGUUUUGAAUGACUACAUGUACAGGGUUUGAAACAUUUGGACACUCUUCUCCACUCGGACCAUUCCAAGUACAAUCUAAGUUUGGGAAUGAAGUGUGUGCAGGGGUAGAUACUCCGAUGUGAGCGUGUGAAAGCGAAAGUGAGGCUGGCAUCGGUGGGGGCCGGCACUGAGGUACCUGAACAUGUACCUUUUUUGUUCAAAAAAAUACUGCCUCAGUAAGCUUACUGCUUACUUAACAACAAGCUUGUAGGAGGUGCACAACGGACACUGCAAGUUCAGAGUCGCCCGCAUUAAGUUGCUUAGCUCUGUUUUUAAGACAGAAAGCUGAUGUUUUGCCACAUCCUUUCAGCAGCCCUGGCUGUGAGGAUGAGCUCCGGUGUCAGAAUACAGGUCAGCUGCAGUUUCCUUCCUUCCAGACAAAUGUAGGCUGGCUCCUGUUUGAAUUAAAAAAAGCAGCACCCAAGUGACACUUAGGACAAGCUCGCUUAGCAGAAAAAGUGGGCCUGAGGUUUGAAGUACAAAUGGCAUGUGGCAGGACUUCUUUCUCCGAGUUUAAAAAUUGCAAGGUGGAACCAACCACUGAGCAGGGGUGAGGCUUUUGGAGAAAGGAGCUGGACUGGCACCAGCCCGUGUUUACAGAUCUACCUUUCCAUCCUUACGUAAGCUGUGAAACGCGUGAGCAGCUUCACAGGUAAAACCCCCGUGCAGCUGCACUGCAUCAGACCAGGCCGUGAGGAUGGUGGCACAGACCCGUACUCAGGUGCACGAGGCACAGGCCCACGCGCCCGUGCUGCCCGGCCUGCCGUCCACGUGCAAGGGGCUUGCAAACCGAAUGCCAGCAGUUUAGUUUAGUUUAGUUUAGUUUUCCAGAUUGUCCAAACAAAAGCUUUGUCAAAAGAGGGUUAGUUUAAUAACGUGUAAGAGCAGGAGGCCUGUGGUGAUCCCUGGUCGAUGUGUACGUGAUAUAGCUGGGGACUGGGGGGCAGGGAGGGGGGAACAGCCCUUGUUAGUCCCGCCGGGGCAGUUUUCUGAGGCUUGGCUGUUUUCAGAGCCAGGGGAGAAUUGCGUCUGUGGCUGAAGUCAGCCCAGCUGAAACGCAGGUGUGUGGCCGUGCUGCUGCUGGUGCAGUGGCCGCGGUGCCGAGCCGCAGAGGAACAGCCGUGGUGCUGGCUCUGCUGCUGCACCAGCGCGCCCUCCCACCACCACCACCACAAGGCCGAAACAUUUGGUUGCCACAGGCUCUGCUGCGACUGCUGUGGUGGCACGCACUAAGGCUGCAGCCCGCCCUUAGACUUGAGCCAGGGCUUUGGCAAGAAGCGUCUCGCGCACACCAGCCAGCGGAGGAGGCGGUGGGCUCUCGCCUCGUGUUCCCAAAGGGCCGCACCUGGGCAGCACAGGGGGCACCACUCAGCCGGCGCAGGUGGCCCACGCUUAGGGCAGGCAGCGUGUGCUGGGGCUGGGACGAGACAGCGAUGCCUGAGCACGGCUCCCAGGCAGCCGAGCGCACAAAACAUUUAUUUCUGCGCAGCGCGGCCUUGGAGGAGCCCGGAGGCUGCAGCACAAUACGGGGGCUGAAUGGUUUUCUUGCACGCGCUACCAGGAGCUGGUACCAGGCACAAGGACAGCCAGCGCCAGGGAAUGCUAACCAGGGUUUGGCAGAAGCAAGGGCGCCUGUUAACACGGAAAACAAAACAAAACAAAACAACACGUUGCCUACUGGUCUGCCCCCUCCCUACCAUGUGAUUGCACAACUUGUACCUCUUACAUAUCAGAGAGGGGAGCCACCAGCCCAUACUGUGAUGGCUUUUUAAAAUUCAAGUCUUUUACUUGCUAUUAAGUUUACACUUUAUACUUGAUGGAAUGUAUGGCUUUGUUCAGGAAGCUGCACUACAGUGUUGCAGUACUUUCAGCAGUUUACCUGGCACAAUAUAGUGUGAUAUAAAUUUAGUUUUAAUGGAAAA